AUCAGUAUCUAUCUAUAUCCAGGACGUUUAAUUUCCACAAGGCGGUGUGUACUCGUUAAUUAUGCCAGACAUUCUCCCCCACCGCCUGUUUCUUCCGGUGACGUGACGCAACGAAAAAGCACAGGAAACACUUCGUAACUCCUUGUCCCGCAAGGCCGAGGGCUCGGUCGAGGUGCAUUCUCCAACUCGAGACUCCAUCCAGUCGAUCAAUUAUUGAUUGAGAAGGGAUAGCCUGUUGAUGGCUGGUCAAAGCUACUGAAUUGCCUCGAUUCCGUCGCCAUGAGUUUUGUAGGUUUGGGCGCCAAGGUUCGCGCCCUUCCGUCUUGCCGGUGGUCUAGGCGGCCCUCUGUGUUGCAGCAGAAGCAGCUUGCUACACGGCCACGCAUUGUGUUUAGAGGUAACUCGACCUCGGCGUCAGUCACUGAGGCUGUGAAGGAGGCUCCCAAGAAAGCAGGCCGCGGUUUCAGGAGAACAAUGAUUGGCACUUCCUUGGCCAUCGUUCUCAUCGGGGGGUAUUUCUACGUGACAGAUACGCGGGCAAGUAUCCACAGAUACGCCGUCGUGCCUCUGAUCCGCUGGUUACUGCCUGAUGCAGAGGAUGCGCAUCAUAUUGGUGUAUCCUCCCUGAAGACGCUCUACAAGUAUGGGUUGAACCCGAGGGAAAGAGGGAGCAUCGACGACGACGGUGCUCUUGCAACGGAGGUGUUUGGCUAUACCCUGGCCAACCCCAUCGGCAUCUCUGGAGGGCUGGACAAGCAUGCUGAAAUCCCCGAUCCUUUGUUCGCACUUGGCCCUGCCAUCGUUGAGGUCGGAGGCACCACGCCCUUGCCUCAAGAAGGCAACCCUCGGCCUCGCGUGUUUCGACUUCCCUCUCAGCACGCCAUGAUUAACCGCUAUGGCCUCAAUUCCAAGGGCGCAGACCAUAUGGCGGCCGUGCUGCGAAAACGCGUGCAGGACUACGCUUACGCGCAUGGAUUCGGACUCCAUGAGCUUGCUGAGCAGCGUGUUCUGGAUGGCGAAGCCGGAGUACCUCCGGGCAGUCUGGUUUCCGGAAAACUGUUAGCUGUGCAGGUUGCCAAGAACAAGGUCACUCCCGACUCGGACAUCGAAGCUAUCAAACGCGACUAUGUUUACUGCGUUGAGCGCGUUGCAAAAUAUGCCGACAUUCUGGUCGUCAACGUCUCUAGUCCCAACACCCCUGGUCUUCGGGAUCUGCAGGCUGCGGCCCCUCUCACUGCCAUCUUGAAGGCGGUCGUUGCGUCCGCCAAGAGCGUUGACCGCAAAACCAAGCCCUACGUGAUGGUCAAAGUCAGCCCGGAUGAAGACUCGGACGAGCAGAUCUCCGGAAUCUGCGAAGCCGUGUGGAACUCCGGCGUCGAUGGUGUGAUCGUGGGCAACACUACCAACCGUCGCCCUGAACCUCUUCCCAAGGGUGCCGCGUUACCACCGAAGGAACAGCCCGUGCUCAAGGAGACCGGCGGGUAUUCCGGUCCCCAAUUGUUCGACCCCUUGGUUGCGCUGGUGGCUCGGUAUCGGUCUCUUCUGGACCAGGGGCCAUCAGUCUCGGCUGCGGCUGCAGUCACUGCGGAACCCGACCAGGAGAAUGUGCCUGUCGUAGAGACUCCGGCGGUGGAAAAGUUCACGCCCAAGGUGCUGUUCGCCUCUGGCGGUAUCACCACCGGGAAGCAGGCCCGCGAGGUCCUGGAUGCCGGCGCCUCAGUCGCGAUGAUGUACACGGGUAUUGUCUAUGGCGGUGUUGGGACGGUGACUCGAGUGAAGCAGGAGAUGCGCCAGGUGAAAAAAGAUGAGUAGAAACUUUUUUGGAAACUAUCAUAUGCACUGUCUUCUUUUUUUCUCUCUUCAUUUCUGCAUGGUAUAGAGU